CAUGUUUAUUUCACACGAGAAACGAAUUUCGAGAGACAAAAUGUCGAAAUAAUGUUUUAAAAGAAGAAAAUUGAUGUACAAACUGGUUAAGAUUUUUCAAUGCAAGGCUAUUUUGAACAUCAUAGGCAAUUUCUGAGAAAGCUUAAUAUCUGUUAACAUCUUCUAUGAUCAACACUAUUGAAGACACAUAGUCUCACCAUUAGUGAAAAACGGUUGUAAAUCAUUGAAAAAUCACAUUCUUUCCUAUCAAAAAUAGAAUGAUCAGAGAUGUUAAGCAUAUGAGCUUGUAGUCUAUGUAAACCUCUACAAAACUGUAUAUAAGAAAAAUAUUUUACAAACAAAUUUCAUCGAUACUAAGGAGCAUAAUAUAUAUCAUUCGAAGCGCUUCGACUUGCUCUACAACAUAUUACAAUAGAUUUCUCAAUUCUGAAUAGAUCACCUAAUUCGACAGGAUAUUUUGUUUAAAGAUUAUAGGAAAGUUUGUUUUUUUCUUCUUAGCUUUAAAUUGGUCAAAUGAAUUUGAAUAUUGGUUAAAUGAUGUUGAACCACCUGUUGAUAAUUAUCAAUUAACAACAAUAAAACCAAAUUUACGUGUUACACAUUUAAAUUAUUGGUAUGAACAUGGUGGUGUUAUGAUUAUGGGUUAUGAUAUAUAUAGAAGAUUAGCUAAUGGUUUUGGUUUAAAAAAUAAAAAAACUAAAGCACAAGCAUAUAAAUGUCUUGUUGAUCCAGGACCUGAUAUCAUUGUUGCUGAUGAAGGACAUAUUUUAAAAAAUGCUCAAACAGCUCUUGCUAAAUGUUUAUCAAAAAUAAAAACAUAUCGUCGUAUUGUUUUAACUGGUACACCAUUACAAAAUAAUCUCAUUGAAUAUUAUUGUAUGGUAUCAUUUAUAAAACCAAAUUUACUUGGUAGUCAACAAGAAUAUAUAAAUCGUUUUGUUAAUCCAAUACAAAAUGGUCAACAUCGAGAUUCAAGUGAAGAAGAUGUUUGUUUAAUGAGACGACGUGCAUGUGUUUUACAUGAAUUAUUAAUAGGUUUUAUUGAUCGAAAAGAUUAUUCAUUAUUAAAAGAUUAUUUACCACCAAAAUUUGAAUAUAUAAUUAAUAUACAAUUAAGUGAUUUACAAACAACAUUAUAUGAUUUAUAUUUAAAACAACAAGAAAAUCAUCAACAACAACAACAACAAAAUUUAUCUACAUUGAAAAAAGAUUUUAAAUCAGUAAAAUUAUUUGCUGAUUAUCAAUAUUUACAAAAAAUUUGGACACAUCCAUUUUUACUUUAUCCACAUUUUAUUGAUCAUUGGAAAAAACGUUUAAAUAAAGAUGAAGAUGAUUUUCUUGAUGAUAGUGAACUUGAAACUAUGUUUACUGAUGAAGAUGAAGAAAUGGAAGAAAAGAAAAAAACUAAAAAGAAAACUAAUAAAAAGAAAAAUGAAAAAGAAGAAAAGUCGAAUAAAAAGAAAAAUUUUAGUGGUUUCUUAAUUGAUAAUGUUGGUGAUGAAGAUGAAAGUGUUGAACCAUCAACAAAUAAUGAUGAACAUUCAAAAUCACAAAAACGUACUAUGUCUAAAUCAUCAAAUGGUUCUUCAGUAACAACUGUUGAAUCAGGUUCAUAUCAAGAUGAUGAUGAUGAUGAUGAUGAUAAUAAUAAUGAUGAAAUAAAUGAAGGAUUAGAUUCAGAUUCAAAAUCGAAAUUAACUGAUAACAAUAAUGACGAUGAUAAUGUUCAUGAAAAAGUUGAAAUAGUUAAAAGUUAUCGAACUCGAAGUCGAACAGCAGCAAAAAAUAAAGAAAAACAAAAUUCAUUAAAAAUAUUUAAUGGAAAACAGAUGAAUUCUGAUGUUUUUGAUACUGGUAAUGAUAAGAUACCUUUAAAUGAAUCCGAUGAUGAUGAUGAUGAUAAUAAUCAAGAAAAUACUGAUCAACCAUGGUUAAAUGAUAUGCGUGAACAAUUUUGGUUUCCAUUCUUAGAUAUGUUACCAGAUGAAAGUGAAUUUGAUAUAAAUUUAAGUGGAAAAUUAGUUUUACUUAAAUCAAUUCUUGAUAAAUGUGCUGAUAUUGGUGAUAAAAUUCUUCUUUUUUCACGUAGUUUAUAUACAUUAAAUUAUAUUGAAAGAUUUUUAUAUUAUUUACAAAAACAAAAUGAAGAAGAAUAUAAAAAACAAUGUGAAUCAAGAAGACAAUUACGUCAAAUGCUUUCUUCAAAUGGUACUAAUAAUAAAGAUUUAUGUGAUUAUAUAUCACAACCUAUAGAAUGGAUACGUGAUCAAGAUUAUUUUCGUAUGGAUGGUCAAACAGAUGUAAUAGCAAGAAAACGUUAUGCUAAAGCAUUUAAUGAUGAAACAAAUAUACGUUCACGAUUAUUUCUUAUAUCAACAUUAGCUGGUGGAAUUGGAAUUAAUUUAGUUGGUAGUAAUAGAGUUAUUGUUUUUGAUGCAAGUUGGAAUCCAAGAAAAAUUAUGUAUAAAAUUGAAUCAAAACAUUAUACAAUAUUUACAAAAUAUUAA